AUGUCGACCAAGACCGACAUACUUGGCUGCAGUAAAAGCAUGAACCAGACGCGGCGGCAGUUGACUGGGAGAGUCAUCAAUCCGCGCGUUAAACCGAGCAGUGGAUGUCAGUCGAUCGUGGCAGUCGCGCUCGUAACCGACGCACGGCGUGAGGAGAGAGCGCAGUUCUUGACCACACUGUGCGAGGAAGCGCUGCUGACGAGGAUCUUCUGCAAAGAUGCGGUGUGA